GGCUCAAACAAGUACCUGCUGUUGUGCGGCCUGGGCGGCAUGCUGAGCUGCGGGCUGACGCACACGGCCAUCGUGCCCCUGGACCUGGUCAAGUGCCGCAUGCAGGUGGACCCCUCCAAGUACAAGGGCAUCCUCAGCGGCUUCGGUGUGGCGGUGCGCGACGACGGGCUGCGCGGCCUGGCCCGCGGCUGGGCCCCGACCUUCUUUGGCUACUCCCUGCAGGGCUUCUUCAAGUUCGGCCUGUACGAGGUCUUCAAGAUCCGCUACGCCCAGCUCCUGGGCCCGGAGAAGGCCUACGCAUGGAGAACCGGCCUGUACCUGGCCGCCUCGGCCAGCGCCGAGUUCUUCGCCGACUUGGCGCUGGCGCCCAUGGAGGCCGUCAAAGUCCGCGUGCAGACGCAGCCGGGCUUCGCCGGCACCCUGCGGGCCGCCGCGCCCAGGAUGUACGGCGAGGAGGGCCUGUGGGCUUUCUACAAGGGUGUGGCGCCGCUGUGGAUGCGGCAGAUCCCCUACACCAUGAUGAAGUUCGCCUGCUUCGAGCGCACGGUGGAGGCGCUGUACAAGUACGUGAUGCCCAAGCCGCAGUGCGAGUACACCAAGCGCCAGCAGCUGGGCGUCACCUUCGUGGCCGGGUACAUCGCCGGCGUCUUCUGCGCAGUCGUGUCCCACCCCGCCGAUUCCGUGGUGUCGGUGCUGAACAAGGAGAAGGGCAGCACGGCCCUGGACGUCCUGCAGAGACUGGGCUUUGCGGGCGUGUGGAAGGGCCUCUUUGCUCGCAUCAUCAUGAUCGGGACCCUGACGGCCCUGCAGUGGUUCAUCUACGACUCGGUCAAGGUGUACUUCAGGCUGCCUCGCCCUACCGUGGGCGAAGCGCCGGAAUCCCCGAGGAAGCAGAAGUAG